GGCUGAGCGUCAGUGAUAAGAGCGCGUCUCGUGUGUGUUAUGGCGUGUUCUUUGCUCGUGAUACUGUGAGGGAGCUCCAGGACGUUUGUUCCUUUGUAUGACGCUGUCACUCUUUAGGAGAUUCAUACAGGGUGGCUUGUCAUUGUGUAGAAUGGACAGGAUAACAGGCUUACAUGAAGCUCAUGGCAACAUGAGGAAUACAAUAGAACGUCUGGGACCGGUUACAACACCAGAAGGGCAGACCAAUGAGCUAAUAUAUGCUCCACCUUGCCAAAGCAUAGGAAAGACUCCUUCACCAGUCCUUGUGUUUUUUGGUGGUGAUGUCCAGGACUACCCUGAGGUUAUGACAGCCCAUCGAGACCAUGGACAUUAUGUGAAAUGGAGUCUCACCAAUAUUGCAUCCCUUAUGGCUGAAAAGUUCCCAUCACAUCAUGUGUUUAUUGUCAAACCAAGUAGGAUGGAGAGAAAAACCUUCAGCUGUUAUGACAACUUUGUGGAAAGUAACAGUGUAGGUGCUCCAACUCACAACCCAGGGGUGAUGGCCAUAAAGCACCUGGAUGGUCUUAUAACAGAGGGUUUGAAAAAAGUUGCAUCCAUAAAAGCAGAAAAGCUUUUGUCUUCUCAUCACCAUUACCAAGAAACAUGUUCAGGAAAAUUGGAGAGUUGUGAAGUUAAUGUAAAUCCACAGAGCACAGAUGAAACUGCAGUGAAACCAGCAUCUGGAAGUGAGAAGCCUCUCCCUGUUGACAAGGCAGAAAAGGCAUGUGAUUCAGAAACAAAGACUGAUGUUCUUGAAUACGAGGAAAUAACGCUGAUCGGCUUCAGUAAAGGUUGUGUUGUGCUGAACCAGUUGAUUAUAGAAUUCCACCUUCUGUCUGUUGUGGAGGAUAUGGCUGCUGAUAGUCUCAGGAAGUUUAUGAGUAAGGUACGUAAUAUGUACUGGCUUGAUGGCGGCCAUGCAGGUGGCAGUAAAACGUGGAUCACAGAUCAUGCUGUACUGAAAGACAUUGCAUCCCAGCCAAAUCUUGGUAUUCAUAUACAUGUUUCGCCAUAUCAGGUCCAAGAUGAUCAGCGUCCAUGGAUCAGGAAGGAGUGCAAAGUAUUUUAUAAUGUCCUGCGGCGUAAUGGUGCAAAUAUUAGUUAUACGUUACAUUGUGAGCACGAGCAGCCUUCACUUCUUUCUCACUUUAAGGUACUUGAUUUAUUCUCUUAAAAAUCAGUCAUAUAUAUCCACUGAUUACUGUUGUUUUCAUUAUGUAGUAAUGGUUGUUUCAUCAUUACAUUUAUUUCUAACCAAAAACUCAUUGUUUUAUUAUCUCCAAUUAUGUAUAUAAAUGUUAAUACUGUACUGUGAAAUAUUCGUAUUUUAUGAUUCACGAUAUUUUUUGAUUUUGAUGCCACUUUGUUGCUUUUUGUUUAGAGAGUCAGAUUGUUGAAGUGUCAGUCCUUUGUUGGAUUUGCAGUGGUAAAAAUGUAUCCAGUUCAUAUCAUGAAAAUCUGUUUAAAAGAAGAUAAU